AUGGUCAAGAGCGCAGGAAAGCCCGCCAAGGGCAAAAAGAUCACACUCAGUGUGGCAAAGAAUUGCAUCAAAAUUACAUUUGAUGGGAAAAAACGCCUUGACUUGAGCAAGAUGGGAAUUACUACCUUCCCCAAGUGUAUUCUGAGACUGACUGAUGUGGAUGAGCUUGAUCUUAGCCGGAAUUUGAUCAGGAAGAUUCCUGAUCAGAUCUCCAAGUUCCAGAAUCUGCGAUGGCUAGACCUCCACAGCAACUACAUUGACAAGCUUCCAGAGAGCAUUGGCCAGAUGACUACUCUGCUCUACCUCAAUGUUAGCAAUAACAGACUGACUACCAAUGGUCUUCCAGUGGAGCUGAAUCAACUCAAGAAUAUACGCACGAUGAAUUUGGGCUUGAACCAUCUAGACAGUGUGCCCACCACACUGGGUGCUCUGAAGGAGUUGCAUGAGGUGGGACUUCAUGACAACUUGUUAAGUGCCAUUCCCAACAGCAUUUCCAAACUCCCCAAGCUUAAAAAGCUCAACAUAAAGCGAAACCCCUUUCCCAAGCUUGAGGAAACAGAUGAGUUUGUAGAUUCCAUCAAGAGACUGGAGAAAUUAUAUCUGAUAGAAGAUAAAGAUCUAUGUGCACCUUGUCUGAAAAAAUGCCAGCAGGCUCGAGAAAAGUUAUACAAAAUCAAGAACAUGGCCCCAGCAGCACAGAAAAAGCCCAUCUUCUCUAAUUUGAUCUCACCCAACUCCCUGGCCAAGGAAUCCCAGGAAGAGUGGAGGUGACUAGGGGCUCUUGAUUCUUUAGCAAGAGGGAAGGGGUUGGGGG